CUUAUUUCAUAACCAUCGCUAUCAUGACAUCUUCGCCGAACCAGACAUUCUUAAAUAGCCCAUAUACAGUGCUAUUCUGGCGGUAGCUUCAGGUCUCUGGAGAACUCACUCUGAAAACAUGAAAGCUAUAAAUCGUUCCUUCUACCACACAAUCGACGCUAAGUCCUAUCAUGACAGGCCCAGCUGUCUCGUCUGCGGCUUUGUCUUUGCGAACGGGACCAGCGAGGACGAUCAUUACAGUUACGUGGAUACGAGAUACUAUGUAGGAAGUAACCUCUGUCGCGCUGAGCUUCUAGAGGAUUGGAGACCUUCUGAGAAGAAAAGAUGGGGGAAGAAAACAUGGUGGAACACUUCCCGCGCAGUUCUAUACCGCCCUGCAACAGGCACCUGCCGACUUUCUGGGGUCAUCAUGCAUCCUCUGACAACCGGAUUGAUUCCAAUGAAUGAGACAGAUGGAUAUAUUUGCGGUAGUUGGGGGGGCUGGUUAUCCCCCAAAGAACGACAAGCUUUCGUACUUCCGGACAUUCUAUGCCCAACCCAGGAGCCGGAGCCCGACGUUGAGUGGGUGGCUUACUUUGUUCACUCUCGCUGCUGGGAGCUACUUACUCACCACGACUUGGGGACGAUUGCGGAGAAGGACCUGGGCAUAGUUCUCGACGCUCUCCGAGGCAGACGUAAGAAAACCGGUUACCAACCUAGAUCCUGGUAUUGGAUGUUGUGUCGGGAAGGUUAGGGUCCCCCCAGGUCCGACAUUCGAUGACGCUGACCUUGAAUCUCUACCAGAUCCUGUUCGUACAAAAUGCGUUACAGAAGCCAUUUGUCUAGCACUAAAACACGAAAAGCGAAGGAAAUUGAUGAUGAAACGAAAGGGCCAUUCGGUCACCCGAAAGGCACCACGUCCCAGACCCUGCGUUCUUCCGAUGGAAAUACUUUACAUGAUUCUUAGAUAUCUUCCAUAUCAGACGAUUGCGAACGUGGAAAAAGGAUUGCGCCUCAACCUCG